AGCUGCUGCUGUACGGAUCUCUGACUGCGCUGGUGUUUCUGUCGUGGUGAUUGUGUAUCUGCAGUAAAAUGGCCAGUGUUUCAGUGGAUCAGUUCAGCUGUCCAGUCUGUCUGGACGUCCUGAAUAAUCCAGUGACCACUCCCUGUGGACACAGCUUCUGUCUGGUGUGUAUUAAUGGCUGCUGGGAUCAGGAGGAUCUGAAGGGGGAGUACAGCUGCCCUCAGUGCAGACGCUCCUUCACUCCAAGGCCGGUUUUAUCCAAGAACGUGAUGCUUGCUGAAAUGAUGGAGAAACUGAAGAAGACGGAGCUCCACACUGCUUCUCCCGCUGGACCUGGAGAUGUGGAGUGUGACGUCUGCACUGGGAGAAAACUCAGAGCCGUCCAGUCCUGCCUGGUGUGUCUGGCCUCGUUCUGUGAGACUCACCUCCAGCCUCACUAUCAAUCUCCUGCCUUUAAGAAGCACAAGCUGGUCAAAGCCUCCAGACGCCUCCAGGAGCAGAUCUGCUCUCAGCAUGAGCAACGUCUGCAGGUUUACUGUCGCACUGACCAGCAGUGUAUCUGCAUGCUGUGUACCAUGGAUGACCAUAAAGGACACGAUACAGUACCAGCUGCAGCAGAACGAGCUGAGAAACAGAAGAAGCUAAUGGAGACCAAGACACAAUUCCAGCAGAGAAUCCAGGAGAGAAAGAAGGAGGUGGAGCAGCUGAGGAAGGCUGUGGAGUCUCACAAGAGCUCUGCUCAGACAGCAGUGGAGAACACUGAGAAGAUCUUUACUGAACUGAUCAGCUCCAUUAAGCAAAGACACUCUGAGAUAUCAGAGCUGAUCAGAGCUCAGGAGGAGGCUGCAGUGAGUCGAGCUGAAGGAGCCCUGAGGAGACUGGAGCAGGAGAUCUCUAAGCUGAGGAGGAGAAACACUGAGCUGGAGCAGCUUUCACUCACUGAGGACCACAUCCAUUUCCUCCAGAGUUUCCAGCCUCUCUUGGUUCCUCCUGGAUCUGCAGGAUUGACCUCCAUCAUAUUCAGUCCUAAUAACUCUUUUAAGGAGGUGUUGAACUCUGUGUCUCAUCUGAGAGAGAAAGUGGAGCAGCUCUGUGAAGAGGAGUUUAGAAAGAUCUCUAGUAGAGUGAAGAAGAUCCAGAUGAUUCUCCCUCCUGAACCCAAAACCAGACCAGAGUUUCUGGAGUAUGCUGUUGAUCUCACUCUGGAUCCAAACACAGUGAACAGAGGUCUCUGUCUGUCUGAGAGGAACAGAAAGGUGGAGUAUGUGUGGGAGGAACUGCCGUAUCCAGAUCAUCCAGAUAGAUUUAAUCGCUGGACUCAGGUUCUGGGUGUGGAGAGUCUGACUGGACGCUGUUACUGGGAGGUUCAGUGGAGCGGAAAAGCUGAUAUAUCAGUAUCAUACAGAGGAAUCAGGAGGAAAGGAGUCAGUAAGGACUGUGAUUUUGGAUACAAUAAUCAGUCCUGGAGUCUGUACUGCUUUGAUAACAGAUACACUUUCUGGCACAAUAAACAGAGCACUGUCCUACCCGCCCCCCCCUCCCCCUCUAACAGAGUAGGAGUGUAUCUGGACUGGGGGUCCGGCACUCUGUCCUUCAACACCAUCUCCCCUGAUACACACACACUGACCCACCUACACACACUCACCACCACAUUCACUGAACCGCUCUACGCUGGGAUUGGACUUUAUGAGAACUCCUCAGCAAGUCUGUGUAACCUCUACAGAGACAGACAGAGAAAGCUUCUACUUUGCGUCCCUGAUGUGUUUCAGUCAGGACUGACCACCAGUGGGGCUCCUCAUUGGGCCGACAUCGUUCAGAGCAGUGUUUCUUGA